AUGAAUUUCGAACGGUUGGUCAACGAACUAAUUCUCGACACCUUCGAGUGUCUCAAGAGUGUUCAUCUACUUCAAGCUUUUUCAAAUCUUAAUUCUCGUUUUAAUAAUCUUCUCAUUACUCAUUUUCGAACUCAUGGACUUGAUUUUCGAUCGAUAUCCAAACAUGAUUUUGAUACUGUCUGCGAACAAAAUCUUCCUUGGAUUGCUGACCGUAUUACUGCACUUCGUCUUUCGGACGAUGAUGAUACACCGAAUCAAAUUGAUCUCUUUCUUUCUAAGUUUUUGACUUUUCAUCGAUUUGUUCAAUUAAAAUCAUUAUCACUCUACCAUCUAUCUUCAUUUGAAAUUAUUAACAAAAUCGUCUUCCAAUUUCGUCAUCUUCCUCUUCUUACUCAUUUCGAUUUGAUCAAUUGUCAUUUAAUGUUUCAUCGAAAAACACUACGUGAUAUUCUCAAUCGUAUUUGGCUUUUAUCCAAACUCACACAUGUUCAUCUCGACUUGCAUUUUGCUGAUAAACAUGAAUUUUCUACUCCAACGAUUCGAUCGAAAUCCAUUGAACAUUUAUUCAUUGAAAAUACUUUGUUGAAUGCUGGUGAAUUAAUUCGAUUAUUUCGAUGUACACCAAAUCUUCGACAUUUAACUGCUUUUAUUGAUAAGUUCUCUGACGAUACACAAUUUCCAUCUAAAAUUACUUCAAUAUCUUCAUUAAAACUUGUCGUCGAUCAUCUAACUAAUGGAACAAUUAAUCUACUUAAAAACAUGCCUAAUUUAACUGUCUUAAUUCUUCAAACUGGAAAACAUGAUAUGAAUGGUCAUAAAUGGAAACAAUUAAUUGUUGAUUAUUUACCAAAAUUAAAAAUAUUUCGAUUUCUUAUGCUUUUUUUUAUUGAUAAUCAAGAAGAAAUGAAUGAAAUCUUAGAUUCAUAUCGAACUCCAUUUUGGCUUAUUGAACGACAAUGGUAUGUUCGAUAUCAUUGGAAAUUAGAAAAUGACAGUCUUUGGAUAUUAUUUUAUACUUUACCAUACGCUUUUUCUUUUUACGCUUACAUGAAAGAAAAUUCUCGUGAUUGUACUAAAUCAACAUGUCCUUAUGAAGAUGACUAUUGUUCUUAUAAUCGUGUAACCAGAUUGAUUCAACAUUAUUCGACAUCCGAUGAUGUAUUUCUAUCUCGUAUUCGCUUUUACAACAUUCGACAUCUUGAAUUAGUAUUUCCAGUUGCUGAUAAAUUUUUGUCGGUUCUUCCUCGACUCGAUCGAUUAAUUUCUCUCGAUAUAUCAAGUGACUCCGAUGUUGAUGGCGACAUUGUUCUAUCUCAAUUACAAACUGUGAUCAAUCGAGCACCUCGUCUAUACUUUUUGACUAUUAAUGAUUGGGAUUCAUCAAUCGUUCAACAACUACCAUUGUAUAUUACCAGUAAUUCGAUUCGUCGACUCGAUUUACAAAGUCAUCAUUAUUUAAAACGUGAUCGUUGUUUCAAUACUGAACAAUGUACGACAUUUCUUUCUACAUCAUUUGCUAAACAAUGUGAAGUUCUGCAAAUUGUCGUCAAUAAUCAAUCAAGUAUAAAUGAACUAAUCAAUGGAAUGCCCAAUCUUCAAGCGUUAAAAGUGGUAGUUGAAUCUGAUCAAUUGAACAAUUAUUUUCCUAGUAGACAAGAUUUCAUUACAUGGAUGAUAUCUGGAUAUUCACGUAUAGCUACAGAAAACUUAGCUAAUACUGUAACUUCUCGAUUAUGGAUUCGUUAA